AUGACAAAAGAACCGAUUAACCAAUUUAUUCAUUGUAAUUGGGAGGGUUUCCAUGGAUCUCGUGUCAAAGCACCCACACAAAAGAACACAAUUGCAGCCGUGGGGUGCAGAGCAAGGAUAUAUGCAAAGUUUGACAAGGAGAAGCAAGAUUGGGUCAUGUUGAAGGUUGAUUUGAGGCACUUGCACCCAUGUUCAACUAAAAAGGCGAUGCAUUACCAUGAGAAUAGAGAGUUGACCAUACAUACGAAAUGCGUGAUUGAGGUUAAUGAUGAGGCGGGCAUUCGACCCAAUGAAACAUUUCUAGCAUUGGCUAAUGAGGUUGGUGAGCCGUUAAACCUGUGUUUCUUAGAGAAGGAUAUUAGGAAUUACAUCUCAUCAAGGCUUCGAGCCACUAAUGUCAACUUUGAUGUCAAGGAGAUGUUGAAUUACUUCAUGCGAAUGAAGGAUAUAAAUCCGAACUUCUUCUACGCAGUGAAUGUGGACGACGAUUAUAAAUUUAGGAGUGCAGUUUCGGUAGAUGCAAGGUGCAGGGUGUCCUAUGAAUACUAUGGAGACAUGGUGCCAUUUGAUACCACAUACAGCACAAACCGGCAUGGUUUGCCAUUCGCCUCUUUCAUCGAUGUGAACCACCAUGGUAAGUUUACUUUGUUAGGUUGUUCUCUGCUAGGCAGCGAGGAGAUUCCAAGUUUUGAGUAG